ACAUACAUGUAUACAUAAAUACAUACAUAAAUGCAUACAUAAUCUACAUUGCACACAUUCAUAAUUCCUUCUCUGUUUCUUUGAGUCGUUGUUUACUUACUUGAUUCCUUAAUUCUUUGUCUGAUUGUUUGCUUGCUUUACUCCUUUUACUUCUUCAUUCCUUGUUUUGUUACCAACUUCAGAGAUUUGUUGUUUACUUCUUUGUGAGCUUGCUUGCUUCCUUAAUUCUUUGUCUGAUUCUUUGCUAUACUCCUUUUAUUUCUCCAUUCCUUGUUUAAUUACCAGCUUCAAUGGUUUGUUGUUUACUCUCUUGUGAGCUUGCUUGCUUCCUUGAUUCCUUGUUUACUUACUUCUUUGUUUCCUUGCUUCCUUACUUUCUUGCUUACAUGCUUAACUUGAUUCCUUGCUUACGUGCUUAAUUUCUCACAUACGGUCUUUUCCUUAACUACUUGAAUUUCUUUUCCUUAUUUUCUAUCCUUAACUUGCUUGCUUAUUUGUUCAUAAAAUGUCUCAGUUUAUCAGAUUUGUGUUUUGUUUUAGAUUCUUCUAGGACUAUUUCAAAGUCCUUCAGAGAAACCAAUAAGCUAAGUUAUAACUGUCUUAACUUGUCAGACCAAAUAAACUAAGCUAGACAAGGUUUAUUUGAUUCUCUCUUAACUUUCAUUUUUAAGAUUCAAUGUGCAGUGCCAGAAGUUUCUAGAAGAUUUUCAUGUUGGAGUUAAACAAUACAUUCCGCCAACAAUGAACUCCCACUUGUGUUGGUGGCUGAGACAAGCUCGUGAAUCAUUAAUGUACUCAUCGAUCUCUAUUACCAAUGUGGAAGAGCUGAAGUAAGUUAAGAUAUUUAAGCAAAACUUUUGGAUGAUAUAUCAAGGAAAAGCAUUCAAUGGGAAACCAACAAAGACUACGAGAUCUCAUGGCAGGUAUUUUAGGUCACGGUCGAGAAGGAAACCUCUGGGAUCUUGCCGUGUAUCAGAAACUCAAGUGAUAGAGCCAGAUGCAAACAAGGCGUGUAAAAAGUUGGCAAACAUUAAGUGCAUGGUCGAAGUCUUACUGAAGUGGCUAGAAGGAAUGGAGAAAAACCUUUUCAAAGCAAAGAUUCAGGUUGGUUUUAGAGGUGAGGCUUCGGUUGGAGAUGCUUAUAACCAAAUAUGGUUUGUGAAGUCUGAGGAAAAGAUGAAACUCCUGAAAAAACACGAAAGAUCAAGGAUCGUAAGGAGACACUAUAUUUAGCUGGCUCUAACAUAAGUAGAUCGCAACAUUCAAAAGAAACUUCAUUAAAGACUAGUAUGUGGAAGAUAUUUUGGAUGGGGACGAGGAAAAAGAUGGGGACUAUAUGAAUACGGAGUCACAUGGCCAAAGCAGUGCCAGAGGUUUCUAGAAGAACUUCAUCUUCGAUUAUAACAAGACGAUCAACCAGCCACGAACUCCCACUUGUAUGUUUUUAUUUUAAUGAUCUCAUGAUUAUUCACUAUAUGAAUACAGAGUCACAUGGCCAAAGCAGUGCCAGAGGUUUCUAGAAGAACUUCAUCUUCGAUUAUAACAAGAAGAUCAGCCAGCCACGAACUCCCAAUUCUUAAAGCACUCCAAUCCGUGGCUAAGAAACAUAAGAGAGGCAUCGUGAUGCUUCUUUCAGGUCUACCGCAAAUGACUUCAGACAUAAUUAGCGUAUAUCGUUUCUUAGGUAAGUAAAUAGAAAAGAUAUUGAGCUUAUGACGUGCUUGUUCAGAUUGAUCAUGCAUAUGCAAAUGAAGAAAAUGGUGGAGACAAUGAGAAAUUACGUAGGUACUUCAAUAAGGUGGUUGGUUGCCUUGAUGGAAAGAUGAUAUGGCCAUAUCAAGGCUUCUUUCAACAUUGCUUCUCCUUCAGAGGAAAAACAAGGAAAUUACAAAAGUGUUUGUGGCCUAAAACCACGCGAAGAACUACAUGAAAACUUAAAGAACAUGGUCGGUUUACUGAAGUUGCCAGAAGAAAACAAAAAUCUUUUCAAAGCAAAGGUGAGGCUUUGGCUGGAGAUGCUCAUCAAGAAGUGUGGCAUGAAGAAGGCUGUCAAGUCUGGGAAGCCUAAAGAAACAUAUGAAACUCCUGAGAAACAAGAAAGAACAAGGAACGUAAAAAGAAAAUAUAUGCAGCUGGCUCUAACAUAAAUAGAUCUCAACAUUCAAAAGAAACUUCAUCAAAUAGGUGGAAGAUAUUUUGGAUGAGGACAAUGAUGGGACUAUAUGGAUGCGGAGUCGCAUGGCCAAGCAAGGCUUCCUCUUUUUCGAAACCUAAGGCAUCGCUUUGAGUAUGUUACAGAUUCAAGUAUAUUCAGAACCAGAGUCUUCUUGAAGUGGAUGAGUCAGACGAUGAACCCCUUGACACAAAACAAGAUCAGCUCUUUGAACAAGAGUUCGAUGUGGAAGAACUUCUAAGUUGUUCAGGGUUGAGAUAUUGGCUUAAGAAUGCUGUCAAGUCCGGGAAGCCUAAGGAACAUAUGAAACUCCUGAAAAACACAAAAGAUAUCUGUGUUAUGCCUUACAUCUUAUCUUCUCUUGGUUCAUCUUAGAUCAAAACUUACGGAGACAAAAUAUGCAGCUGGCUCUAACAUAUAAAUCACGACAUUCAAAAGAAAAUAGAAGUUUCUGAGUGCUAGAGUAUUGAUGGUCUUGGAGGUCUUGGUUUUGAUCUCUACCUUACCUUCUAGCUUCUUAAGUUCAAUCAUUAUCCCAGCAGAUUUCAUAGCCAACGAACUUUGUGAACCAAAAGAAGUUAUGUGCGCGGUGAGUAAAACAGGUAUAUACCAAUUACUUUAACAAUGUUGUCUUUCCUUUGACAGCUUGAUAUCCCAACACAUUGCACACAUUGCAUGUAUGCAUCCAUUCAUGUACACAUGCAUAUAUUCAUGUUUGCAUACAUAUGCAUACAUUAUACAUACAUGCAUACAUUCAUACAUACAUACAUACAUGCAUACAUACAUACAUACAUACAUACAUACAUUCAUGUAUAUUUUGCUUCUUAGUUCAUUGCUUGCUUCUUUAUUUACAUCGCUAACUUGUUUUACUGGUUCUCUUCUUUUUUUAUUGUGCUUAUUUCAUUGCUUAACUUGGUUGCUUGUUUCUUUUACUGCUUGUUUACAUGCUUCCUGCUUUGUUUCUUUGAUCUUUGCUUACUCAAUUGCUUCAUUCAUUUCCUAACUUGCGUGCUUCUUUGCUUCUUUGAUUCCUUUCUUAUUUCACUGUUUGCUUACAUGCUUAACUUGUUUCCUUGCUUCAUUCUAUAAUUGUUUUGCUUAACUUGUUUACUUCUUCCUUCUUUGUGUCUUUCAUUGCUUAACUUUAUGUCUUAUUUCACUGUUUGCUUACAUACACAUAUUUUUAUGAUGAAACGAUAGUCGCUUUUGUAUUCACAAGUGAUUUAUUAGAGUAGAGAAUCAAAUAAAAUCGGUUUAUGUCAACCGUUGUAUUGGUUUAAUGUUUGGUUUACUCUCAUACUUUAUAAGAGAGGAUAUUGUAAACAUUUUGGUUUAAUAAUUAAUGAGAAUGAGUUUGUUGCU